ACGCUCUCUACAGACCCAGCGUCAAAGUCUGCCCAUAUUUAAUAACAGAAACCACAUACUGUACUUGUUAGAAAAGUACCAGACGUUGGUAUUGGUCGGCGAAACAGGUUGCGGCAAGAGCACUCAAAUACCGCAGCUGCUUCCCGAUUUAAUCAGGCUGCCGAUGUAUGUACACAAAAUUUAUCUAAAGAUGUGACUAGGAAUUGAUAUUACCUACGCUGAUUGAAUCAGUUCAGUGCCGUUUUUUCGAGUGCGUUAGUGAAAACAACCUGCAGCCUAUAUCAUAAUUCGUCGAGACGCAUCUUCUUGGAUAGGAUGAACCGAACGCGCCAGACCCAUUAAACCCUGCUCUCUAUCACUAAGGCGCGCCAGUCAAACUAAGACCACCGAAGUUUCGCCCCCGUACCACUCUUCCCCCCGAAAAAAAUGGUAGGACCCUCAUCCCGCGUCAGCAAGGGCCUCGUGACGCUGCUCGUGCUGCUGCUCCUCUACUACGCCUUCAUGGACUACAACCUGUUCUUUCGCAUUAAAAAUUAUCCAGUCGGCGACGCCAUCAACGGUUCGUCGUACGGGUACGUCUCGUGGAUCGGUUGCGACGUCAAUCCCCUCUGCGACGUCACCGUCAAGGCCGUCCUCCUCGACCAUACCAACUUAUACGUGUUCGCGCCAUUCGUCACCCUCUUCGACGACGUUUUCCAAGUAUCGGCCGUUCGGUUCAUCACUCCCAACGCGAUCAGUUGCUUCCAUAUCGGAGUGGCCGUCGCGAGCGCGUGGUGCGUCGCCGGUGAUCGUCUGGCCUCUCGACGUGUCGGCGUCGUCCUUUUCGAGCUCCGCACUUGCCUCGACGACCUCGACGGUUACGUGGCGCGCAAGCGCAAACACGUCAAAGGGGAGCAUUCCGACGUCGGCACCGUCGGUUAUUACGUGGACGGCAUCUGCGACGCGAUCGGUUGCGCCGCCCUCCUCGUGGGUAUGCUGUGGUAUCUGCGCAAUAACCCUCCUAGGCGCGGUUACGUUCAAUUACCGUCGACCGAUGUCAAACCGAGACCCCAAAAUGUCGUCACGAAGCUCGGCUGUUUCACGUCGCAGCUGGUCAUCAGUUCUAUCGCCUGGAACCGCUACAUUGCCCUGUAUCAGAACUUGCUGGAGACGGGUGACGCACCAGGACGUCCGAGGCGCGACGCCGUAUUCGAGAGCACCGUUUUCUUCGCCGUGUCGUUUCUCUGGCGAAUGUUCAACGUCCACAACAUGUUGCACUGCGCUUUACUCGCGAUCUUCUGCGAUAAGCUCUGGGAGUUCCUGUGUCACGUACAGUAUGUCGGCUACGCGGUUCUUCUGUGCGUCAUAUGCGUCACGGAAGCGCACUACGUGCACGCGAAAGCCUACGUACUCAGCACCGUCCGGUAGGGUUCGGCAGCAAAGAGAUUUGAUCCCGAGUUAGAUUCGUAUUUUUCAUCGCUCAUGGGAACGAGUCGUGCUUUUGCGGCAGCCUCUACACGGAUUUGUCACAGAAUCGACCAAACUGUUCGUUCUAAAAUUUUCGGGUGGGCUCUUAUCCCCUUGCGUACAUUUUAAAUUUGAGGAAGUCUACCUACCUUUUUCUUGAAAAAAAAAAUUUCUAUGGAAACAAGGAAGUUAACGUUCACCCAGAACCUUUUAAAUAUGUUAACCGAAACCGCCUUGUGAUGUCAUGUCAUGUCAUCAUUUCGAACAUGGUUUUUAACAAAUAAGUCGUCGGCGUUCAACAUGGCCGCUGACAUUACGUAAGUGGCCGCUUAGAGAGUAAAGUAAAGAGGAUUUAUCACCAGUUUUAGCGAUAUACUAUCGUUGAAUAAUUAUAAGCAUAAUAACAUUAUUAAAAAUGGGUCAAGUGUGCUGAUAUCGCUGUUUAAAAAAGUACACUGCCGUCUGCGAAAUAUAUGUGCUUGCGUUUAAGAUCUUUCUUUCCAUUCUGAACAAAAUUCUCAUUUAAGGUGUGUGCAAUUGCACCCUAUUUACGGCCUUUAAGUUAUCUAAUAUGUUCUUAUAUUUACAUUUACAACAAAACUUUUGUUUAUACAGGGUAUCCCAAUAGUGAUUUGUAAUUUUCAUACAUUACUAGCAUUUUCCAAUUAAAUUUAUUCUAUUCAAAACAACAUAUGUAUAAUGAACACAAACAAAAUUGCAAAUAUCUCGGAUAGCAUAACAGUAUACAAAAUAUAUUUGGAGUUUAAGGUAGAAUCCAAAUAUACAAAUAUGGCAUACCCUGUAUACAUGAAAAUAAUUUUGUUAUGUCACAUUGCAUAAAGUCAGUUUAACUAAGCGAUUUUUGUAUAGUGUUGGACCGAAUAUACAUUUUAUUACCAAAAAUUAUUGAUCUACGUAAUAAUGAUGUCAUAAAUUGGUUGCUGGGCGACACUGGUUGCAAAUCGUACACGAGUGAUUUAUAGCUAUCAAAUCGGAGGCAAUAAAUUCAUAACAAUACAUAAAUCAUGAAAGGCUUUCGUUCGUUACUUCUAAAAAAAUCGUAGCAGGCUAUGAUUUAAUGUCUUUGUAGUAGACAAUAAAACUUGGCGAUAAGGAAUAAGGAUUAUUUCGAACCGACUAUUUAUCAUGAUGGUGACUUUUUUCUGAUCGAUUUUCUAGUCAUUUUUUUUCCCCACGGAUUGGUCGUAAUUUUAAGUUUUUAUAUAUUUCGCGUAUACUUUUGUUCGGCGAGACAACGACGUAAAAAGACAAGUUGAAUUUAACCUCGGCUGUUGGUAUCUACAUUAUUUUAUUAUUCAUUCGAGUGCGGUAGUUUUAGUUUUUAGAAACGACCACUGUAUGACUGAAAAAAUAUUCACGACAAAAUAUGCAUAGACGUAAUUGAGUCAGUACUUAGCUUUUAUACUGGAUGUUUAAGGUGGCGAAUUUUGUUUAUUAACAAACGGGUUUUUUUAAUUUAGUUGUAA